AUGUAUUGUAAUUUAUUGUAAAAUGUUCAUAUAAUAAAUGUUAUAAAAAUUAAAUAUAUAAAAGUAUAAUUGUAGUUACAGGUUUUGUUUGUUAAAACUAGAGCAAAAUUUAUAUAAUGUAUAAUAUAUAAUAAAGCUUAUAAAAUAUGUAUAAAUUUUUUUUCACAUAUAUUUUUUAUAUAUACAUUUUAUAUAUAUUUUUUAUAUAUAGAUGGCAUAUGUAAAUAAAUGUAUAGCAGAUAUAUAUUUUUUGGAUGCAUUGAAUUUAUUUCUUGAUACACAGUGGCUUUAUAAUACUCCAGUUACUGAUUUGUUAACUGAAAGAAUACUCGAUUCAUUUCCAAAAGAAUGGUUGAAUGCUUUGCAAAUUUUGGAAAAUGGAGAACUUAAUGACUUCGUAGUAAAAAAAAUAACGAAGCCAGAAUGGUCAAAGACCUUAAUAACUUUUGUUGAGAAAUGUAGAUAUAUUGAUCAAUUACCAAUUAUAAAUACUGUAUUAUCAACAGAAUUACCAAAAAAUUUUCAAAUUGGUCUUAAUUGUAAGAAACAACAUGAAAUAAUGCAUUUGGCACAUUUGAUACAUUUACAAUGUGCACCACAAAAUAUUAAAAUUAUUAUUGAUCUUGGUACAGGUUUGGGAUAUAUUUGUCAAUUAUUGUAUCAUUUAUAUGGGUAUAAAGUUCUUGGAUUAGAAAAAAAUCAAGUAAACAUAAAUAAUGCUCGAAAGAGACAACUCAAAAGAUAUCCUGAUUCAUUAACACAUGUUAAAUAUAAUUAUUGUGAUUUAACAUGCAAUUCUGCUAAAACAAUAGAAACCAUAUUAAGUAAUGAAUUUCAAGAAAAGUCAGAUGUUUGUUUGAUUGGUUUACAUGCCUGUGGAGAUCUUAGCAUAUAUGCAUCAAAAAUAUUUUGUGACAUGAAAGCAGCACGUAUUUUUAUUAUGGUUCCUUGCUGUUAUCAUAAACUUUCAAUAUCAAAAAAUAUAAAAAUAAAUGAAUCAACUGAAAAACAAUACUUUAAUAAUUUUCCUCUAUCUAAUUGUCUUAAAACUGUAAUUAAUAAUACCGAUUUUGAUAUUGGUUCCUUUUUAAGACAACCUUUUUUACGAUUAGCAUGUCAAGAAUCAGCAGAUAGAUGGAACAAUAUGUCUAUUGAAACACACAAUAAACAUUCUUUUUAUGUUCUUGCAAGAGCUGUCUUACAAUUAUAUGCAACUAAAAAUGGGUUUUCCUUUAAAAAACGUACUCAAAAAGGGACAAGAAAAUCUCAAUGUUUUGAUUUUAAAACUUACGUUAGAGAUGCAUUAUCUAGGUAUAUUUUACAACCACAAAAAGGAGAAGAAUUAAAAGAACAAGAUGUACAAGUCAAUCUUGACAUGCAUGAAAAACAUAUAAUAGAAUUAUGGAAAAUUCACUGUGAUAAACUAAAAAUUGUUGAAAUGUAUACUGGUUUACAAUUGAUGUUACAAGCAUCAGCAGAAUCAUUUAUUUUACAAGAUCGGUUAUGCUGGAUGAAAGAGCAAGGUUUAAAAGCAAAAAUUAUUCCUGUAAUGAAUAAAUAUUUAUCUCCGCGAGCAUAUGCGAUUGUAUCACAAAAAAGAUAA